AUGGCGACGGAGCGGAGCGGCCAGCGCGGCGGGGCUCUGACCGUCGUGGUGUUCGUGUGGAGCGCCGUCACCGGAGCCGCGGAGGCGGUGUCCGGCGGCAGUCAGGUGCUCGGCAUGCGGCUGGAGAGGAGCGACCGUCCGGCCUCCACCACCGAGGACGGCGUCAUCCAGCUGACGGAGGAGAGCUCGGCGCUGCUCCGCUUCUACGGGCUGCAGCUGCACGCGGGCACCGGGACGCACAUCCGCUUCACGGAGCUGCUCCCGCGCGGAGGAGAGGAGGAGCAGCAGGAGGAGCAGCGGGACAACCGGACCUGCGUGGACUUCACCCAGGACAUCACGGUCGGCACCGUCAUGAACGUCAGCAGCCGCGGCACCUCCGGGCUCGUCACCGUGCGCGUGAAGCCGCUCCGCAAGAACGAGGCGCGGAAGGAGUACGCGCUGUGCGCGCGCGGCGCGGAGGGCAGCGGCUGGCUGCUGCUCGGGGACACCGACGGCCGCGUGCUAGUGGUGGAGGAGAAGAAGUCCCUGCUGCCGCUGUGGCUGCAGGUCGGCCUGAUCUGCUGCCUGCUGGCGCUGUCCGGCAUGUUCAGCGGCCUGAACCUGGGUCUGAUGGCCCUCGACCCCAUGGAGCUCCGGAUCGUGCAGAGCUGCGGCACCGACAAGGAGAAGAAGUACGCGCGCAAGAUCGAGCCCAUCCGGAGCAAAGGCAACUACCUGCUGUGCUCGCUGCUCCUGGGGAACGUGCUGGUCAACACCACUCUCACCAUCCUCCUGGACGACCUGAUCGGCUCCGGCCUUGGGGCCGUGGUGGCCUCCACCAUCGGCAUCGUCAUCUUCGGCGAGAUCGUGCCCCAGGCGCUGUGCUCCCGGCACGGGCUGGCGGUCGGUGCCAACACCAUCGUCCUGACCAAGUUCUUCAUGCUGCUCACCUUCCCGCUGUCCUUCCCGGUCAGCAAGCUGCUGGACGUGCUGCUGGGCCAGGAGAUCGGCACCGUGUACAACCGGGAGAAGCUGGUGGAGAUGCUGAAAGUGACCGAGCCCUACAACGACCUGGUCAAAGAGGAGCUGAACAUGAUCCAGGGCGCGCUGGAGCUGCGCACCAAGACGGUGGAGGACGUCAUGACGCCGCUGGCCAACUGCUUCAUGAUGCAGGCGGACGCCGUGCUCGACUUCAACACCAUGUCGGAGAUCAUGGAGAGCGGCUACACGCGCAUCCCGGUCUACGACGACGAGAGGUCCAACAUCGUGGACAUCCUGUACGUGAAGGACCUGGCCUUCGUGGACCCGGACGACUGCACCACUCUGAAGACCAUCACCAAGUUCUACAACCACCCGGUGCACUUCGUCUUCCACGACACCAAGCUGGACGCCAUGCUGGAGGAGUUCAAGAAAGGUAAAUCCCACCUGGCCAUCGUCCAGAAGGUGAACAACGAGGGGGAGGGGGACCCUUUCUAUGAGGUGCUGGGAUUGGUCACCCUGGAAGACGUCAUUGAGGAGAUCAUCAAAUCUGAGAUCCUGGAUGAGUCUGACCUUUACACUGAUAACAGAAAUGGGAAAAAGGUCGACCCCAACAAAAACAAGCGCAACUUCUCCGCCUUCAAGCAAGACGGUGACAGUAAGGUGAAGAUUUCUCCUCAGCUGCUGCUGGCAGCGCAUCGCUUCCUGGCUACAGAGGUGAGCCAGUUCAGUCCAUUCCAGAUCACAGAGAAGGUCUUACUCCGGAUCCUCAGACAUCCCGACGUCAUCCAGGAGCUGAAAUUCAAUGAAAACGACAAACGCUCUCCGCAGCAUUUCCUCUAUCAGCGGGGUAAACCUGUGGACUACUUUGUGCUCAUCCUGCAGGGUCGAGUGGAAGUGGAAGCAGGAAAAGAAAAUAUGAGGUUUGAAACUGGUCCGUUCUCCUAUUACGGCAUCAUGGCUCUGAGCUCACUGUCACAGGCUGUCACCCCGCCUCUCUCCCCGUCGGUGAACUCACCCCCUCCACGACGCCUCUCUCUUAAGAGGUUUUCUCUGUUCUCUCGUUUCCCAGAGUUCCGAUCUCCGUCUCACGGGAGCAAUCUGAACCGCUCGGUGUCUCUGAGCUGCGCCGAGCGCGCUCCGGAAGGCAGCUCUGUCUGCGGCAGCAACACGCAGAUCCCCGGCACGCCCUUCCAGUACGUCCCAGACUUCUGUGCACGUGCACUCACAGACCUGCAGUUUGUCAAGAUCACUCGAGCUCAGUAUCAAAACGGUCUGCUGGCAUCCCGGCUGGACAGCUCCCCACAGUCUCCAGAGGGCAGUCGUUGCCUGGACACGGCCGUCUCUUUGCCUCCUGUGACGCCACCUGGAACACAAACGCCGCUGCCUUUGGCCACUCCUCCUGUGAAACGCCCUCUGUCCGGCGCUCAGCCGGUGCCGCCGAACAGCCACGUCUCACUGCCCCCAACCACGUCGUCCUCCGGCCGCCCGCCCAGCCAGUUCCUGCAGCAGGUCUCACACUCAUCAAGUAAUCACACCCCCUUAUCCCAAACUCCUCCCGCCUCCACGGGUACGAUUACGUCCACCUCGAACCCCCACAUGACUCAGACCUCUCGUCACUCUUUGAAGUCCCAGCUGAUGCCGCGCUCUGCCGGCCUGACCAACGGGCCGGGAGAAACCACCACGCUGCUCAGUGAGCAGCAGAACUGCGUGGGCCCUCAAAGGCCCGGCCACACCCAGGCGCCCCCUCACCUGCACCCUGUGAGUCACGUGCACACUGAAAGCACCAUUUAGCUGCUGUCCUGGCAGGAGGCGAC